UGGAAAAACUUAACUUCUCUAAAAACAUUUUAUAUAAGUGCAUGCUCAAGUUUGACAAGCUUGCCAAAUAAAAUGGCAAAUCUUUUAUCUUUGGAAGAACUUUAUUUAAAUAGUUGCUCAAGUUUGAUAAACUUAUCAAAUAAAUUGAUAAAUCUUUCUUAUUUAAGAAGGCUUGAUUUAAGAUAUUGUUCAAGCUUGACAAGCUUGCCAAAUGAAUUGGCAAAUCUUUCUUCUUUAAAAAGCCUUUAUUUGAAUAAAAAUCUUACUUCUUUGACAAUACUUGAUUUGAGUGGUUACUCUAGCUUGAUAAGCUUGCCAAAUAAAAUGACAAAUCUUCUUUGUUUGAAAAAACUUUAUUUGAGUGGUUGCUCAAGCUUGAUAAGUUUGCCAAAUGAAUUAGUA